AUGGGCAACGAGGAGUCGACCCUCGUCGCCGAGUCGGUCAGGCCCCAGACGCUGACGGAGCGGUCGCUGGCAGCAGUGGCAGCCUACUUGAAGGACGAGUCGAAGAAGAGAAAAGUCGUCGUCCUCACGGGCGCGGGCAUCUCCACCGCCGCCGGGAUCCCUGAUUUCCGGUCCCCCAAAACAGGACUCUACAACAACCUCGCGCGCCUCAAUCUCCCCUACGCCGAGGCCGUCUUCGACAUCUCCUACUUCCGCUCGCACCCCGAGCCGUUCUACGUCCUCGCGCAGGAGCUCUACCCGGGCAAGUUCCACCCCACCGUCUCCCAUGCCUUUAUCAAGCUCCUCGACACAAAGGGCAUGCUGCAAAUGCUCUUCACGCAAAACAUCGACUGCCUCGAGCGGCGGGUCGGUGUCCCCGCGGACAAGAUUGUCGAGGCGCACGGCAGUUUUGCCACGCAGCGGUGCAUAGAGUGCAAGGUAGAGUUCCCCGACCACCUCAUGAGGGAGCACGUAGCGAGGGGCGAGGUGCCACGGUGCCAGGAGGGGGGCUGCACGGGGACGGUGAAGCCGGACAUCGUCUUCUUUGGCGAGAUGCUGCCGUCUGCGUUCGGGGAGAAUGCAGGGCAGGCGCGCACGGCGGAUCUGGUCUUGAUCCUGGGGACGAGCCUGACGGUGCAUCCGUUUGCGGGGCUGCCCGAGCUGGUGGCCGAGGGGAAGCCGAGGGUGUUGUUCAAUAUGGAGAGGGUAGGGCGGCUGGGCACCAGGCCGGACGACGUCAUGGAGCUGGGGUCGUGCGACGAGGGCAUUCGCAAGUUGGCCGACGAGCUGGGGUGGAGGGACGAGCUGGAGGCGUGCUGGAGGGAGGUUGUUGGCCACGAGGAGGCGGACAGGCAGUUGGGGAGCGCGAGACGCGGGGAGCAGGAGGUCGAGGAUGAGGUGCAAAAGUUGACCGAGGGGGUGCAGGAGGCGUUGAGGCUUUGUGAGAGCGAAGACGAGGCAGGGCCAUUGACGCAACAGGGCGUUGAGAAGACGCAGACGAUGGGCAAUGAGGAUCAUGAGGCUGUGGUUUCUGGGGAGCCAACGGCUGCAAAGGGAGAGCAUUCGAUGGCUCGAGCGCAAUCUUCCAAAGAGGCCCCCGGGUCUCCUGUUGAGCAAGAUGUUGCUCAAGCAGCGGCUGAAGCAGCAGGUCCCGAAAGAGUCAACGAAAAGGAAAAGGAAAAGGAGGUUGGAAAACCGUCACUUUAA